GAGAGGCCGGCGCGCGAUUUCGCGGCUGCCCCCUCCCCGCCCUCGGCCUCCCGGGCUCCGGCUGCAGCGUCAGCCUUGCUUGGGCCUUGGCGGCGGCGGCGGCUCCUCGGCCUGAGCCCCCGGCGUCCCUCGGCACCCCUCGGCCCCGGCCCGCAGCGUCGCCCGCCCUUGGCCGCCCCGGCACCGGCCUAGGCCGCGGCUGCAGCCCCGGGCUCGCGUCGGCGCCGCCCGCUCCCGGCCCGCCCCCUAUGGGCCCCGGCUAGAGGCGCCGCCGCCGCCGGCCCGCGGAGCCCCGAUGCUGGCCCGGAGGAAGCCGGUGCUGCCGGCGCUCACCAUCAACCCCGCCAUCGCCGAGGGCCCGUCCCCCACCAGCGAGGGCGCCUCCGAAGCGAACCUGGCAGACCUGCAGAAGAAGCUCGAGGAGCUAGAACUGGAUGAGCAGCAGAAGAAGCGUCUGGAAGCCUUCCUCACCCAGAAGGCCAAGGUCGGGGAGCUCAAGGACGACGACUUUGAGCGGAUCUCGGAGCUGGGCGCGGGCAACGGUGGGGUGGUCACCAAAGUGCAGCACAGGCCUUCGGGCCUCAUCAUGGCCAGAAAGCUGAUCCACCUGGAGAUCAAGCCGGCCAUCCGGAACCAGAUCAUCCGCGAGCUACAGGUCCUGCACGAGUGCAACUCGCCCUACAUCGUGGGCUUCUACGGCGCCUUCUACAGUGACGGCGAGAUCAGCAUCUGCAUGGAGCACAUGGACGGGGGCUCCCUGGACCAGGUGUUGAAAGCAGCCAAGCGCAUUCCCGAGGAGAUCCUGGGGAAGGUUAGCAUUGCGGUGCUCCGGGGCCUGGCGUACCUCCGGGAGAAGCACCAGAUCAUGCACCGAGACGUGAAGCCCUCCAACAUCCUGGUCAACUCCAGGGGCGAGAUCAAACUGUGCGACUUCGGGGUGAGCGGGCAGCUCAUCGACUCCAUGGCCAACUCCUUCGUGGGCACGCGAUCGUACAUGUCUCCGGAGCGGUUGCAGGGCACACACUACUCAGUGCAGUCCGACAUCUGGAGCAUGGGCCUGUCCCUGGUGGAGCUGUCCAUCGGAAGGUACCCCAUCCCCCCGCCCGACGCCAAGGAGCUGGAGGCCAUAUUUGGCCGGCCCAUGGUCGAUGGGGCGGAAGGAGAGCCCCACAGCGUCUCGCCUCGGCCAAGACCCCCUGGGCGCCCCGUCAGUGGUCACGGCAUGGACAGCCGGCCAGCCAUGGCCAUCUUCGAGCUCCUGGACUACAUCGUGAAUGAGCCUCCUCCCAAGCUGCCCAACGGCGUGUUCACCCCGGACUUCCAGGAGUUUGUAAAUAAAUGCCUGAUCAAGAACCCGGCGGAACGUGCCGACCUGAAGAUCCUCAUGAACCACACCUUCAUCAAGCGGUCCGAGGUGGAAGAGGUGGAUUUUGCCGGCUGGUUGUGUAAGACCCUGCGGCUGAACCAGCCCAGCACGCCCACGCGCACCGCCGUGUGACGGCGGCCCGGCUCCCGCGGCCCGCUGGCGACCUGUCCACCGUCCCUUCCGCGCCCUUCCAGCCGAGGACAGACCGGCCCCUCCCACCCCCAGCCCCCCUCUGUGGAGAGCGCCUGGCCAGGCGCACGCACACGCGGGGACACAGGUUCCUCCUCUCGCCUGGCCCGGCCGGGGCACCUCUGGCCCCUGGGGACGGGCGACGCUGCUCAUGUUGUCUCAGAACCUGCUUACUUAGGUUUAAAAAAAACAAAACAGGGAAAGAAAACGCA